CCACUUCGCUCUGCGGUAGAAAAAAAAAUACAAAUGCAAAGGUUUCGACUAAACGUCCUCCCUUUCCUGUUUUGCUCAGGGCUCUUGGAUCUGCUCUCCCGCAGCAUCUACGCGCUGCCCCGACGGCCCCACGUUCUCCGCCGCAGCACGUUAGCACCCGCGCUGCCAGCCGGGGACCGGGGGCGGCGGCCGUGGCGUCCCAGAAGAGAGCCCGCGCCUGCCGUGUCGUGGGCACAGAGCCCCCCGCCACCUCUUCUGCGCCCCCUUCUCCACCGCAGCACGUUUCGGGCCACCCGGCUCCCGCGCUGUGCCCAUCCCUCGCAGCGUCUUGCGGACGGGUACGGCCGCUGUCCCUGGUCGCCGGCCGCUCCGGUGGUCGCGCACCGGGCGGCGGCCGGCCGGCCUUGCCGGCCCAGCCCCCCCAUCCCGCCGCCACCGCUCGCUGCCGCCGGGGCGCUGGGGGGUCGCGGCCUGCGCCGCCGCUGCCGCCCGACCGCCGGGCGCGAGCAGGGAGCAGGGCCCGCCGGCGACCGGCAGGGUGCGCCUCGCCGGCGCUGGGGCCGCCGCGCCCCCCCGCCCCCGGCUGGCCGCGGGCCUCGGGCGCUCCCUGCCCGCCGCGGCCGUCGGCACCGCGGGCGCGGGAGGCGAGGGGCUGCUCGGGCGGCCGCUCCCCAGCCAGGGCCGCUGCGUGCGCUCCCCCUCGGCGCCGUGGGGCGGGCGCCAGGCAGAGGCAGGGGCGGGAGCGGGGUUCGGCGCGGUGCCCCCGGGCCGCCCCGGCGGGAGGCGAGACUGCCCUGUGCGGGGGCCGGGCUGCGCGCCGGGGAGCUGCGAGCGCGGGCCGGAGCUGCGGGGCGCGGGGCCGCCGCGGAGGGCAGGGUGCAGGGCGGGGUGGUGGGGGGCUCCCGCGAGGGCGGGCGGGCGGCCUGGCCCGAGGGUCCGCGGGAGCGGCCCGCAGUCGUCGGCGUCUGCUGGAGGGGGGCGCCGUGUGGAGGCAGAGCCCUGGGCGGCUGCGAGGAGCUUCCUGCCAUCUCGUUUUCGCUGCUGUAGUGAAUCCUGAACCCAGCUAAUAAAACUGAGCUCCCGUCUCUUGCAUCAGGGAAGCUGCAGACCUUGGGAUGCUGCCUGGAUGUGUAGAGAUGGGAUCAGGAAAGUCAAGGCACAGCUGGAGCUGAAUUUGGCAAAGGAUUCAAAGAAUAAGAAGGGCUUCUACAAGUGUGUUGGGCAGAAAAGGAAGAUGAAGGAAAAUGCACACCCCACACCCACCCCACCCCAAUAAUUAAGACAGGAGAACUAGUGGCAGCCAUCAUGGAGAAGGCUGAGGUAAUAUUUUUGCCUCAGUUUUUAAUGGCAAUCUCUCUUCCCACAUCUCUCAAGCCUCUGAACCUCCACACAGGGACUGGGGGAAUGAAGUCCCUCCCAUCGCAAGUGAAGAUCAGGUUUGGGACCACCUGAGGAACCUGAACAUACUCAAGUCCAUGGGACCUAAUGAGAUGCUUUCCAGGAUCCUGAGAGAAUUGGCUGAUGUAGUUGCCAAGCCACUCCCCAUCAUAUUUGAAAAGUCAUGGGAGUCAGCCAAAGACCCUAAUGACUGGAAAAAGGGAAACAUCACACCCAUUUAUAAAAAGCAUGAAAAGGAGGACCCUGUGAUCUACUGACCAGCCAUCCUCACCUUUGUGCCUGGUAAGAUCAUGGAACAGAUCCUCCUGGAAGACGUGGCAAAACCUAUGGAAGACAGGUGAUUAGAGGAAGCCAACAUGGCUUCACCAAGGGCAAAUCAUGCCUGACUAAUCUAGUGGCCUUCUAUGAUGGAGUGACUGCAUCAGUGAACAACAGAAGAGCUGUGGAUGCCAUCUACCUGGACUUCUGUAAGGCCUUUGAUACGGUCCCCCACAACAUUCUUGCUGCUAAAUGGGAGAGAGAUGGGUUUGAUGGAUGGACUGUUAGCUGCAUAAGAAAUUGGCUGAUUGCUUGCAUCCAAAGACUUACAGUCAAUGUCUCGAUGUCCAAGCGGAAGCCAGGAAUGAGUGGUGUCCCUCAAGGGUAUGUGCUGGGACCAGUACUAUUUAAUGUCUUCUUCAGUGACACAGGUAGUGGGAUCGAGUGCACCUUCAGCAAGUUUGCAGACGACACCAAGCUGCGUGGUGCAGUCGAUUCUCUAGAGGGGAGGGAUGCCACCCAGCAGGACCUUCACAGGCUUGUGGAGUGGGCCCAUGUGAACCUCAUGAAGUUCAACAGGCCAAGUGCAAGGUCCUGCACCUGGGUCAGGGCAAUCACCAGUAUCAAUACAGGCUGGAGGAUGAAUGGAUUGAGAGCAGCCCUGUGGGAUACUAGCAGAUGAAAAACCUGAUGUGAGCCAGCAAUGUGCUCUUGCAGCCCAGAAAGCCAACCAUAUCCUGGGCUGAAUCAAAAGAAGCGUGGCCAGCAGGUUGAGGGAGGUGAUUCUCCCCUUCUACUCCACUCCCACGAGAGCCCAUCUGGAGUACUGCAUCCAGCUCUGGGGUCCCCAAUACAAGAGAGACAUGGACCUGCUGGAGCAGGUCCAGAGGAGGGCCACAAAUAUGAUCAGAGGGCUGGAGCACCUCUCCUGUGAGGACAGGCUGAGAAACUUGGGGUUGUUCAGCUGGGAGAAGAGAAGGCUUCAGGAAGACUUUAUGGCAGCCUUUCAAUUUCUAUAUUGAAAGGGGGCUUAUAAGAAAAGACAGGGAGAGACUUUACCAGGGUCUAUAGUGACAGGACAAAAGGCAACAGCUCUGAACUAUAGGGAGGGUAUAAUUAGGUUGGAUGCAAACAAAGAAAUUUUUUACAAUGGGAGUGGUGAGACACUGGAACAGGCUGCCCAGAGAAGCUGUGGGUGCCCCAUCACUGGAAGUGUCCAAGGUCAGGUUGGACAGGCUUUGAGCAACCUCAUCCAGUGAAAGGUGUUCCUGACAUAAGAGGGUGGUUGGUCUAGAUGAUCUUUGGCCUCUUCCAACCCAAACUAUUCUUUGAUUCUAUGAUUCAUUCUUACUCCAGACUUAUGCCCCCAAAUCAGGUUUACUGUGAUGCACUGUAUUUCAUAGGCAGUGAUAUAUUGAGUAAAAACAUGAGAAUUCAUGUUCUGGAAACGGGCUUCACAGUCAACGAGUACAUGAUCCAUUCCCUGGGCUGGCAAGUUCAAGCCUUGUGCAAAGUAUGAUUUCUGGAUAUAUUUGCUAUUUGCUAUAUAUGGCUAUUUGCAAUCUUCUUCUUAAGUAGUUUCCUAAAUGUAUUGGCAAUGCUUCUGGUAAAUGCUGUAGUUUCCUAGAUGUUUCACUGUUUCUUUGCUGGUAUUAGAUGUCAUUAUAGCAGGGAGAGGCAGCCUGCUUACAUACAGGCAGUAGUGUGACACAAAGAAGAUAUGCUUUUGGGCAAUCCAGACUAAUUUAGACAGAUUUACAUAGGCGUUUUGUUUUGGUGUGGGUUGUUUUGUUGUGUUUGGUGUGUGUAUGCGGUUGUCUAAAGAUUGUGUCUUGAGUGCUGUGCACAUCACAUGUCUCUUUUCCUAUUCUUUGAACAAGAUUAUCUGUGUCUUUCUUUUGUGUCUUUUCUUGGAGAGGAGAACAGGACAGGACUGGCUAUUUUUUUGUUCGUUUUGUUUUAAAACUGAAAAAGCUUAUAGACCCAAAGGUAAUUAGAUGCCCUAUUUCCUUUGGUGCUAAGAUGAAGUAAUACCUAAACACCUUUGUGACUGUAUGAAAAGGUCUGUGGUUUCUGUGCAAAUCCAGUUUGUCCUAAUCUUGCAAUGCGUUUAGGUUUUUUAUUUCUGUUUUUCUUUAGUUUUUAAUGUCUACCUUUUAAAUCCCAUCUGUAGUAUGCUUGCAGGAGUUUCUGGGGAGGGCCUAGCUAGUAUAAUGUGAAAAAGACAUCUCUGACUAUGUCCAGUGGAAGUACCAAGGACCAAAGGUUUGAAGUCAAUAACUGCUUGUCUAGAUUCGUUACCUAAUGGCACCUUUUCAUAGCUUUUUGUGUGUGGGCAUACCUGAGAUCGAGUGCAAAAAUUGUAUGUUCUGAUGCUUUAAAACAGGUCCUACAUGGCACCAGGUUAGUGUGUAUAAUAAAGGUUAAAUCCAGUAAUACCUCA